CCCUAGUUUUCACUUUCAAUUUCCAAACGAUUCGUCUCCUCCUCUCUUAGCUGCCGUAUAAACUUGAUUUCUUCCAAAUUUCUCUAAUAUGUUAUUGAUUCCAUAUUCUAAUUCAUUGGCUGAUCGUGUCCUUGCAUCGUGUUCUUCCAUUGACGGGUUACAAAGAUUUGAAACGUAUUUCUAAACUAGCAAAGCAAUGACUCCCAAACAGAAACGGAAGGUGAAUUUUGUAAGAAAAAGACCACGGCCACCAGGAGGCCAAGGAUUUGAUCGGCUCCUUCGUCGGCGCAUUGAGUUAAGCAAAAAUCAAUGUACUUCUGUUGAUCAAUUAGUGGUCUAUCUUCGCUCCACCUACCCAGAAUAUUCCCGCCACAAGCUCCAGCCUUUCACAAAAGGGGUUCAACAGAUACUUGACCAAAUGGAUGAUCAUAAUAAUGAAGAAUAUGAUGAUGAAAAGACCUCUCCAGGAAGAAAGAGGCCAAAGAAAGUUGAGAAAGCUGAAGAGAAAUUGCAACUCAUAGAAGCGCAGCAUAUUAGAAAGAGGACAGCGAGAAUUAAUGAUGAUUUUGAAAAUGAUGCUGGCUCAGCAUCUUCAAUGGCAUCAGCUGCUAGCAAUGGUACUUCGGAAUCUGAAUCAGACAACUCAUCAGAGGAAGAUAUUUCGACUGAAGAUGCUAUUUAUGAGGAAAAACUUGAACCCAAGUUUGAUUUGAUGAAGUCCAUGCUUCGUGACAAUUACAAUGAAAAAUCAAAGAAAAUGGGAAAAGAGGGAGAAAAGAGGAAUGUUGUGGAAAUGGAGGUUGUGAAUAACGUGGACAAGGAGGUAAAUUUGAUGAAUGAGAGGCGUAUAUAUGGGAAUGACUCUGAGUUGUUGAAAAUUAAAGGAGGUAAUGGUUUGACUGUAAUCAAUAACAAAAAUAAGGACAUCAGGAACAAUAACUCUAAUGGGCCAUUGUUUAAAGAUUUGGGAGGGAUGAGUGAAGUUUUGGAGGAGUUAAAAAUGGAGGUGAUUGUGCCAUUUUUCCAUCCCUAUUUGCCACGAAACCUUGGUGUGAGACCAGUAUCUGGGAUCUUGUUGCAUGGGCCACCUGGGUGUGGGAAAACCAAGCUAGCCAAUGCCAUUGCCAAUGAGACUGGUGUUCCCUUUUAUAAGAUCUGUGCUACUGAAUUGGUUUCUGGAGUUUCAGGCACAUCGGAAGAAAAUAUCAGAGAGCUUUUUUCUAAAGCCCACAGGACAGCCCCAUCCAUUGUGUUCAUAGAUGAGAUCGAUGCUAUUGCUACUAAACGGGAAAUUUCGAAUAGGGUAAUGGAGCAACGAAUAGUGACACAACUGAUGUCAUGCAUGGACGAGUCAUCGAGAAUUUUCAAACCUGUAAAUGGAAGUGGGACUGCAGAGAAUUUUGAUUGCAUGCCUGGGUAUGUACUCGUUAUUGGAGCAACGAAUAGGCCUGAUUCUAUUGAUCCUGCAUUGAGGAGGUCUGGACGGUUUGACCGUGAGAUUUAUAUAGGUGUCCCGGACGAAAGUGCAAGGGUUGAUAUUUUGUCAGUCCUUACUCAAAAUCUUAAAGUAGAAGGUGCUUUUGAUCUUCUGAAAAUAGCUAAGUCUACUGCAGGCUUCGUUGGAGCUGACUUAGUAGCACUUACGGACAAGGCUGGCAAUCUAGCAAUGAAUCGAAUUAUAGGCCAACGAAAGGUUGAGGUUUCUACAGAACUUAUUGAAGGGGAGACUGUUGAAGAAUGGUGGAGACAACCUUGGUCACCUGAAGAAAUGGAAAAGCUCAGCAUUACAAUGGCCGAUUUUGAGAAAGCUGUUAAAAUGGUUCAAUCCUCUUCUACAAGAGAAGGAUUUUCAGCAAUUCCAAGCGUGAAGUGGGAGGAUGUUGGUGGACUCCAAUUACUCAGGGAUGUGUUCGAUCGUGACAUAGUUAGGCGGAUUAAGUAUCCAGAAGAUUAUGAGGAAUUUGGGGUAGAUUUAGAGACAGGAUUUUUGCUUUAUGGUCCUCCGGGCUGUGGAAAAACAUUGAUUGCCAAAGCAGUUGCCAAUGAAGCAGGAGCAAAUUUCAUACAUAUUAAGGGUCCUGAACUUCUCAAUAAAUAUGUUGGUGAAAGUGAGUUGGCUGUUCGUACAAUUUUCGGUCGUGCAAGGACAUGUUCUCCGUGCAUCCUUUUUUUUGAUGAGGUGGAUGCUUUGACAACCAGACGUGGUCAAGAAGGGGGAUGGGUUGUUGAGCGGCUCUUGAAUCAGCUACUGAUAGAGCUAGAUGGUGCAGAUCAGCGAAAGGGUGUUUAUGUAAUUGGUGCCACGAAUAGGCCUGAAGUCAUGGACCGUGCCCUCCUUCGACCAGGAAGAUUUGGGAAACUUCUAUAUGUCCCUCUUCCCAGUCCAAAUGAGUGUGGUUUAAUCUUGACUGCUCUUGGUAGGAAGAAGCGAAUAGAUGCCAAUUUGGAUUUGAUGGCAAUUGGAAGUGAUAGUGCUUGUAAAAAUUUCAGUGGAGCCGAUCUAUCCGCACUGAUGAAUGAAGCUGCUAUGACAGCUCUUCAGGAUAAGCAGAAUUCGCAGAACAAAAUUUCAAAUGUUGCACCAUGGACCAUCAAAGAAAUACACUUCAAGAAGGCACUGGAGAAAAUAUCUCCAUCCGUUUCAGAUGCUCAAAUACGAUACUAUGAACUCUUGUCAGAAAGCUUCAAAGCUGCUUGAAAAUGGACCUGAUCUUUGUUUGCCUGGUUCGAGGGAAUUUUUUUUAUUUUUUUGCUAGAAAUGUGCACGAGUCAUAAGUAGCUGAUAAGCACAAGCAGCAACUUAUCCGCAGCAGUCAAUUGUCUAUACAUGUUUAGCGAAGAAUCCCGUUAGGAAAUUUUGUGAUUCUGAAGAAAAGAAAUCUUAAAAGGUUUUUUGAUUUAGGAAAUUCAAUGUAAUUUUUCAUUCUUACGUUCUUUUGGAUGAAGCUUGAGUGGGUUAUACUAAAGUUGUCCAGUGCUUUAUUUAUGUUGAAAGUACUGCUUCAAUUAUCAA